UAGAGCUGAACAUCUUUCCUCCUUAUUUUAACUAGUCUCCUGACGCAUGCGCAAAAGAGUGUAAAUUGUCAGAAGCAGAAAUGGAGAAUUAACAAAUAGCAGCUGUAAAGAGAGCAUAUCAUUGAUAAUAAGUUUUUAGAGGAAAGUAUGAACGCAGAUACUUGCCCACAUUUGUGCACAGUCCCUGAUGCUGUAACUAAUUAUUUUGUUAUACUCGCCUCUUAUGUGGAGUAUAAUUCCGAUGAAACGCUUAAAAGAAAAUCGUCUAACGUGCAUUGUUAUCUCUGCAAAGCAGCCGACAAAAGACUACAUGCAUGUUUAAAUUGUACAUUCUUUGGUUGCCUUGAUUAUGAAAAUGGAGUAUUCAGUCAUAUAAAAGAUCAUGCCAUUAAAAAUGAACAUUAUUUUGCUAUUACUGUUAAUCAUGGCUUUAUAUUUUGCUUCAUUUGUGAUGAUUAUAUCUAUAAUGAAACCUUUGAUGAUAUACUAUCUAAUUUUAAGUUAGAAGCAAGUAAAGAUUCUGACAGUGAGUCUGAUUUACCUCCUGAACCUAAAGCAAGAAGAAUUGAUGAUAGUGAGUCUGAUUUACCUUCUGAACCUAAAGCAAGAAGAAUUACUCCUGACAGUGAGUUUGACAUUCCUUGGGAGCCUAAAACAGAGGAAACAGUGCUCACAGAGACGGAGGACACGGUUGAAGAAAUCUCACAAGAUUUAUUUACUGGUUUAAGAGGUAUAAUAAAUACAGGAAAUAGUUGCUACAUUAACUGUAUUAUCCAAGUACUUGUACACACUCCCAUACUAAAAGAUUUUUUCCUUUCUGAAAAGCAUAUGUGUUUCUUACCAGAUUCUUGUCUCACAUGUGAGAUGUAUAACUUGUUUCAGGAGUUUCAUUGUGGAAUAUCAGAUCCUUAUGAUCCUUCAAAAAAAUUCUUUCAGGUAUUGCAAAAGUUUUGUAAUACACCUCUUGGAUUGCAACAACAAGACUGUUUUGAAUUAUUUCAGGAAAUUUUAAUAGGAUUGCAUGCUAGUUGUCAAAAAACACAUAAAAUGGAUAUAACAGAUUGUAACUGUGUAAUUCAUCAGAUAUUUUAUGGAAUCAAUCAAAGUUCUAAAGAAUGCUCACAGUGUAAAUCUUCAUCAUUUUUACCUCUUGAUCAUUUCAUGGAUAUCCUACUAGAUUUAGAUGGAAAAGAUGAUUCUCUCUUGAAAAUUUUAAAUAGAAAAUAUUUUGAGCCACAAUUGUUAUCUGACUAUACUUGCUCAGAAUGUAAACAAAUCAAUACAACAUAUUUAUACCAAAGUAUUAAAAAACUACCAGCUGUUAUUUGCUUUCGCAUGAAUUGCUUCAUGUGGGAUUCUGAAGACUCCGGAAUCAGACAGUUUCAAAAGAAAUCAACUGCUUUUGCAUUUGAAGAAUGGAUAGAUAUGUCAUUCUAUUUAAAUGCAAAAGGUGAUAUUGAACUAUCAAGUGAAGCUUGUGCGUUAGGUUUUAAUACAAAUGAGAAUAGAUAUCGGUUGUUUGCAGUUAUAUUUCAUAAAGGGGAUUUACAAAAUGGGCACUAUUCAACGUAUGUUCGGCUGCAGAGUGAUAAAUGGUAUGAAUGUGAUGACAGUUUUAUUAGUGAACGAAGUUUGGAAGAAGUUCUUAAAUGUGAACCUUUCCUUUUGUUUUAUUGCAAGAAUUUAUAAAUGUUCGUAUAUGCAUAAUUUUAAAUGUUUUCUGCAAAAUGGUCGAAUUCUUUUAUUUAUGUUAUUAAUUCAUUACUUUUUUAAUAACAACAAAUAAUUAAUUUUAAUUAGAAAAUAUUUUGAGCUACAACUGUAAUCUGACUAUACACGCUCAGAAUGUAAACAGAUCAGUACAACAUAUUUAUACCAAAGUAUUAAAAAACUUCCAGCUGUUAUUUGCUUUCACAUGAAUUGCUUCAUGUGGGACUCCAAAGACUCAAGAACCAGACAGUUUUUUUUUAAAAAAACCAACUUGCUUUUGCAUUUGAAGAAUGGAUAGAACUGUCAUUAUAUUUAAAUGCAAAAGGUAAUAACUGAACUAUGUAGUGAAUCUUAUGCUUUUGGUUUUAAUACAGUUGAGAAUAGACAUCGAUUGUUUGCUUUUAUAUUUCAUAAAGGGGAUUUACAAAAUGGGCACUAUUCAACUUAUGCUCGGCUGCAGAGUGAUAAAUGCUUAGAAGUUUCCUACAGUUGACGAUUCUUUGGGGGACAUUAUGUAAACUCUUGAUGGUUGCCAAGUUAAAACAAAGUGAGCUAUAGCUCGUUGGUAUAGGGCACCUACUUGUUUAUUCUCUUUGAUGUUUGAUCUAUGUAUCUUUUUAAUGGUUUUUUACAUCUGCUUUACAAAAUAGUUCCCUAUUCCUUCACCCCUUGCCAGUUUGAUGCAGUUGUGUCUUUCUACUUUAAUGUAAAAUCCCAUUUAGAAAAAUAUUAAUAAAUCUAAAAUAAUAUGAAUUAAGAAAUAUAUAAAAUUCUGAAUAACAAUUUCAUCUACACAUUUUUGUGUAUUAAUAGGCCCCAGUAAAUAUUAAAUUAAUUUUUAAUGUAGUUAAAAAUAAUUUUUUAUCAUACUGAUUUAUUCUUUUAAUAAUAAUUACUACAAUAACAUUUUACUAUUAUUUAAUAAUCAAUAAAUCUUUUAAUAUGUUUGACACAAUAAAUUUUGGUUACUUUAGUCAUGUGCUAUUUUUAAAAUUGUAUCUGAUCGUGUUUACCUGUAUUGUUUCCAUUUUUUUAUAGUUAAUAUUUUUUUCUUCUGUUUCAAUUGAUAUUUCAUCAUAAAAGUGAUGCUAGAGUUUAUUACAAUUGAGUGUUAUGGUCCAUAGAUCUAUUAGGUGUUUAAUGUUCUAUUCAUCUCUUUUAGUAAAUAGUUCCUAAUUCUCCCUUCUCCUAGAUAUAAUAUAUUUGUGUGCUUUUGCUUUAACAAAAAAAUUCUACUUAUAUAAUAUGAUUAAAUGAUUAAAAUAAUAUGAUUAAUAAUAUAUAUUAUAAAUAAUAUGAUUAAAAAAGAAUAUCAA